AUGGCAGCUAAUGAUUAUCACGGUUACCUGCGGAACCAUAUGGACAUGGGGCACGGCGGGGAGUCGCGCUUUCAGCCGACACACAACGCCCACAGGCCGCUUAUUUUCGGCACGCUGGCCGUCAUAGGACUGCUGCAGGUCGCUUCCAGCGUCACCAUGUUAUUACACCUGACCGGCUAUCUGCGCGAGGUUGACCUGUCUUCAGCUAAGCCUGUAGAGGAAGUUCAUCCUGAACCAGUCAUCGCUGAUGCGCUUAGAGACGUCAAGAGAAAAGAGAGAUUCAGAAAAAAGGAUCAAACACCGGCUGCUCAUCUUUCCGUCAAGGUCCCCAUCGACUUUUCAAGCACCAACCCCGUUGUGUUGGCCACUAUGCACUGGGAUCCGCUUCGAGGCGCGCUGAUGAAGAUCAAAUACCACGACGGACGGCUCGUCGUGGAAGAGCAAGGGCUGUACUACGUGUAUGCCAAGACGUGCUUUCGUUACGCCCACGAUCACGCCACGAAGAUACAGGACGUGAGCAACGUCCAGCUCAUUCAGUAUAUUUGCCACGAGAUGCACACCCAGACCAAAAUCAAACCUAUACGGUUUUCAAAGAGUGGAGGAACGUUGCAGUGGAAUAAUACCAGCUACAACAUGUACUGUGUCGAGCAGGGAAGGACUGUCCGGUUAAGUCAAAGCGACGGCCUUUUCGUCAACGUGUCCAACUCGUGGCUGUUGGAUCCAGACCCAGAAGGGACAUAUUUCGGUGCUUUUAAAGUGAGCAACUGACUUGUGUGUAUUUUUG